ACAAGUAAAGUAAAGUAAUAAGUAACGAAGUGAAAGUAAACAAGCAAAGCAAGUAACAAGUUAAGUAAAAGUAAUCUAAGCAAGCAACUAGAAACAUAACAUAAACUGUUGUUGUUUUUGGCUUGUUCCUUAUAACAACGCGAUUUCUAAGGAAGUCGAGAGUAUUGAUUUAUUUUCUCGAAUUCGACACCCCUUGAUUCACUAUGGCAGAUGAUUACGAAGCUGUAAUUAAAGGACCAUUGAAGCUCAAAAAUGAAUCCGGUGUGAAAAAGAAGAAAAAGAAGGACAAAAGCCAGAAGAAACUGCUUGAACAAGUCAUGGCAGAAGCGACUAAGGAAGAAAAGUCAGAAGUGAAGCUAACCAAGGCUGAAAUUUCAUUUCAAAAGAUGCAAGAGAAAACGCAAAAAGAGCGAAUCAUGCAGAAAGCAUCAAUGACCCAUAAACAGAGAGUGGAGGAGUUCAACAGACAUCUUGACAGUCUCACAGAACAUUUUGACAUUCCUAAAGUCAGUUGGACUAAAUAAACGGGUUCAAAUUUAAAGUUGGUAUUUUCAGAUCUUGUAAACUGUUUGAUUUGGAACUCAAAUAAUGAUUAGAAUCUAAUGAGGGGAAUUCCUUUGUUUUCAUUAUAUUCAGAUUACUAAAUUAUGUACAUAAUUUCUAACAGAAUGCUAGAUUAAAAUGUUUGGUUGUUACAUUCAGGUAACAAAGUUUAAAGUUUUUGUACAUAGUUCUUAGAGGAUAAUCUUUUUUUUUUUCUGGAUGAAAUUGAAUAGUUAUUUAUGUUAUGAUGUAGAUUAGAUGUUGUGUCCUUUGCGUGUCUGUGUUGCACCUGUGGUGCAAAAAUGUAGAUUAUUUUUAACCAGUAAAGAGUUUAACUUCCAA